AGUGGUUGAGGCCUGAUUGCAUGAGAAAAAGGGUAGAUAGCGUGAUCUAAGUGUUAGCAGUUUGCCUUUGUCUACCUGAGCUUACUUAAAUCAUUGUUUGAUGGUCUAUUGCCCGCUAUGCGUAUCAGGCUGCUGUCAGCAUCAUGGCGGAAGAAAGCGGCUUUGCAAAGAUCUUGCUUUGGAGGAAUUCAUGCCUCAUGAAGAUACUGCUGCACGAAGCGUUGCAAGAGUCAAUGCCCUCAGACCUCCGUGCCCUGUUGUUCCAAGGAAGGAACUUGUUCGGGUUUCUGCGAGACUUUCAUGAUUUUAGCCUUAUGAAGACGUGGGACAAGAAAGCGAUGUGGUGCAUGUUCCCUUUGUUCGUUUGUGAAAGACUAAGUGAGGAGGUGUAUACCCUCAAGCAGAAGGCGAAAACGUGGGAUGAGUUGGAGCGUUCCUUAAAGCUAAGAUUCCCAGAAGAUGGAAUAGAAGGCCAAUGUGGGGAAUGCUCUGUGCCACCGGUUGCGGGCGGACCAUCGCAGGCAGAGUUAAGCAGUCUACAAAGGCAAGUAGGGGUAUUGAAAGAGAGGUUAGCAUGGCUGGAAGAGGCCAGGAAUGGCAAAAGGAAGGCCUCUGAGGGAGCAUCGAGUGGGCCAACUGCAAGAGGCGAGGCAGAGGCAAGGAUGGAUUAUCAGGAGCUACUCCCCCACAAGGAAGCCCCGCGAGGACGAGCUUGCGCCCCGGAAAGAGGUGAAGGUGAGGGGGUCAUUGAGAUCAAGGAGGAGCAAGAACCCAGUAUCGCUCCACCUGUUAUUGCGCCUGAGCCAGAGGGAGGGCCCAUUAACAGGGAAACACCCUUGGCUGCGGGUCGAGGGAGGCAAGGGGACGGGCUGAGUCGAGUCGACUGGGAUAAGAAUAAUCGGGGAGUGAUCGAGGAUACUCCGCUAGUCGACGGGUUUCUGGAUAGUGAGGAGGAUGUGAGACUCUACAUCAACUCCUGGUUACUGGUCGUGGGUAACUACGUUACUCCUGGGCGACCUGUGUGGCUUGCGCCUCCAGGACAUGUACGACGGCUAGACCUAGUCCUCAAACCUUAUAUCGAAGAAGACUCGUGGGGAAUGCCAGGUGUAGAAUGGAUGAUGGAUCUGGCCCUAGCGAACAAGUUCCAGCUACACGAGGACCUGCUCACGAUGAAGAAUGAGGCACGACUGGUGGAAAAGCACGAAAAAACAAUAGGUGGAAUAUAUCUCUUAGCUAACACACUGCGUCAGGAUGAGGUGGCCAGGAAUGCGGGACAAAGUCAGGAAGAAAAUGAUAAUAUGAUCCACAAAGGAGAAGAUGAUGAUUUCGAAGAAGGAGAGAUUAAGGAAGCAUUUCGAGCAGAGGAAUAUGAUGAAGUUUUUCUCGAGCUCGGGAUGCUUCUCUCGUGUGAAAUGAGGGAAAGGGAUGCUAGUGAGAGGACUCUGAAGAUGAGGCCAAACUUUCUAGUAAGGGAUGACCAUCUAUUCAUGAGAAGCAAAGGAAGAACUCCCAGAAGAGUAGUCUGUGGUGUCACUCGUCAGAUUGACAUCAUAGCUGCCCUACAUGAUGGUACGGCAGGGGGUCAUAGGAGCACAGACACGACAUAUCUCAAGAUACACGAACUAUACUAUUGGGAUGACAUGGGACGAAUGAUCAAUGACUAUUGUAAAUCUUGUGUACCAUGCCAAGAGCGAUCCUCUCUCAGACCUAGGGAGCCGGUUCACCCAAGAUCCUUUGUCAGAUCUAUUGUGGCACCUGCUACGAACUGGGGCCACUGCAAGAAGUUGCUAUGGAACUACUAUACUCCAGCACGUCAGGCAAAUGAAAGAAGGAGUAUGAAAAAGAAAAGGAAGGAGCCAGAGGCAGUUGAGAAGAGGACCUUUGAACAUGGGAGGCCUGGAGAGCAUCAUCAGGAGAUGGGGGUUAAGUUAGUCUCUACAGACUUGCUUAGCCUAAGGGGCUUUAUGAAGGAGGGUUUUGCAGCAGCCAAGGCCUCAGAUGAGAAGGUUGGGGAAAGAUUGACGAAGGCGGCACAGAAAGCCUAUGGCCAGAGGGUGGACUGGGAGAGAGAGAUUGACACCCUCAAGAAGGAGCUGGAAAGGCAAAGCAAGGAAGUGGAGGCAAUGAAGGCAGAGAUAGUGGAGGUCUGGGCUAAGAACGAGGCCAUCAGGCAAGUCAACCAGACCCUUAAUAAGGUCAAUAACGUUCUGAGGGCCUACUUGCAGGUGCAACAGACUUCCUUUCAGGCAAAGGAAGCUGAGUGGGAAAAUAGGAUAAAGGACAUGGAGGCCAGUUGGGACACGGUCGAGGCGCUGGUUCCGGGGCUGAUAAAGGGGACUACCAAGUCAAAAAUGGCGAUGAGACGUGCCCGGAUGUUGCGACGGUCCACACACCCGCGGCCACUCACAGAAAGUGGAGGCGGAUGGGAGGUAUCGCUCCCAGCAAGGUACAUGAUCCAAGGACUGGACAUCGAAUGGAGGGCCGUGACCCUGGGAAGAGGUGAGGCGUUCAUGAUGGUGGAAUGUUUGUGGGAUGGGGCGUGCGACGGACUCUGGAGCCUUAGGGAAAAGGUGCUAGGAUGGUUUGACCCAGAAGGAACGUCGAAAACCAGGGAGAAGCAGAGGGAAAGCAAGGAAGGGGAAGGGACCAGUGCAGCUGGAGAAGCGGGUAGCUCCGAAGGUGGUCUCAAGAGGAUAGUCACCACCCUCACCCGGGCACUAAACAAGAACCAGGGAUAUCUCGCAGAUGCAAAGAAGAAACUCACAUUCGAUGGGGCAAACAUUACGGAGUUUUUGAUAGACUAUGAGAACCUAGCAGCCUUACUAAAAUGGACAGAAGAGGAAAAGAUGGAGCACCUAGGGCAGCACGUGUCGCUAAGCUUGGGAAGGGACAUUAUGGCCAUCGUCGCGUCCAGUGGAUCCUGGAAAGAAACCAGGAACGAGAUGAUGAGGAAAUACCUGAAGGCAGAGAAAAUGGCAACAGAGGCCGAAUUAGCAGCAGUCCAGAGGAAAAACUAUGCGACUUACAACGAUUUCCUAAGGGUGUUUACGUUAGUGGCGCUGCGAAUUACCGGGGUAACGGACCGCAUAAUGAUGGUCGCAGAACUCAGGGAAGGAUCAGUCACCACAGUCAGGCGCAAAGAGGAAAAUGACUCGUGGGGAGCAGAAGUUGGGGCCAGAGAGGAACUGAUGGCAAUGGCCAAGGAAGGGGGACGGGACGCCGUAAUGACGUUGGCCGAAACCUGGGCGCAGAAGGAAUGCCAGUACCUAGUCAACCAAACCCGGGAAGAGCAGGAUACGGAUCGUAAGGAACAAGAGUUCUUCCUCAUACAUAUGUAUGAGAGCGUCUUUAGAGAAGUCGGUCUACUGCUUGUAGGGAACAAACAUCCCACGGAAGUCAGCUCCAAGGCAAGCGAGGAAGCUGAGAAGUACGUCUUAAGAAAUGGUCACCUGUUUAAGAAAGAGGAAGGGAUGAUGCCUAGGCAGUUUGUCAACCAGGAAGUGUUGAGCAUGCUUAAGGCCUUGUGUUUACGUAUUAAGAUCACGGAAUCAUACCACCCUGAGGCAAAUGCACCAGUAGAAAGGGGCCAUCGGACACUGAAGAACACAAUCGCGAAGCUGGCAGCGGAUGACUUGGGAAAUUGGUCGCGGUAUCUUAGGCAGGCAGUCUUCUCUGAGAACGUGACACCAAACAGAACGACGAGGUGUAUUUCGACAGAACUCUGGUAUGGAAGGGAAAUUGAUUUCCCAGUAGAAGCUCUCGUUCCUACUUGGAAGAGGCUAGAUGACCAUCCGCACUUGACUACAGAAGAGUUAAUCGUCGCACGUUGCCAGCAGGUCGCUAGAAAUGAGGAGGCACUAAAGGAAGUAGUUAACCGCGUGAUGGAUAGUCGGAUGAGGGACAAAGCAAGAUGGGACCAGGUGAAGAACAUUCGAAAGGAGCCGCUCCAGCGCUUCAUCUUGGGAUACUUCGGUGAUCUUUCCCCUAGUGUAGAUGUCAUCAAACUUGUCAUUUUGCUGAUUUGGGAGAUCUUCUGCGGCUCGACGAAGACUGACCUGAUUCCAUGGUUCCGCAAGUUCGAGCUCACUUUGCAGCUACACUACGUCAGCGAGCACAAACAUCACGCAUAUUUAUACUCCCGCUCAGGGGGCGCGUGCCAAACAUGGCUGGACAAUCUCCUGUCCAAGUAUGGAGUGGUGGCUGCCGACUUGCAUACCAAGAUCAACUGGGAGGAUCUAAAGGCGGCGUGGCAUAAGCGGUUCCAAAUAGAGACGCCGGAGAUCAAGGCAAUGGACAAGCUGAUGGUCUUCGAACAAGGCACGAUACCGAGUGUCGAUUGGAUUGCCGAGUACCAACGCUUGACAUCCGUCCCCGACAUCCAAAUGGACUUCAAAGCCAUCAAACACUACUAUAUCUCGAGGUCGUGUCCAGUGUUGGGCAAUGCCUUGACUCACAUCGAGGACACCCUGACGACACCGGCAGAACUCUUCAACAAGGCCACGCAGAUUAUUGUGACGAACAAGGAGGCCAACAAUUUCCAGCGUUCGUCUGCGCCAGGCCUGAGCAUAGAUCAGCAUCGACCGAAAGUGGCCGCGGUCACGGCGGCAAUACCAAAUGACCAAACUAGCGAGGAUCAUCUUGAGCACCUUCGACGAGUGUUGGAGACACUCCGCCGCGCCAAGUACAAGGCCAACCGCGACAAGUGUGAGUUCAUCCGACAAGAGCUGGAAUACUUGGGCCAUUUUGUCACACCGGAGGGCAUCAGUCCGCUAUCGUACAAGAUUCAAGCCAUCCAAGAGUGGUUGGAGCCGCGGAACGUCACGGAUAUCCGUUCGUUCCUUGGUCUUGCGGGCUACUACCAAUGUUUUAUCAAGGGAUACUCGAAGAUCGCGGUCCACUUGUCCAAGCUUCAAUGCGAGGAUCGACCGUUUGACUUCGGAGAGGAUGCGUGGGAAUCAUUUUUGGCUCUCAAAGCCGCGCAAUUAUCUGCGGAGGACUUGCGCAUAUACGACCCGCAAUUGCCAACCAGAGCCUGCAAUCGGGUGGCCGUGGCUGCAAACUGCCCGGCCCAGCUGCAACUGACGGGCUUAGUUCAGGCUAGCCCUAGGUUGCUCAAAGGGCUUAGAGAACUGUUGACCCGACGGCGAGUAGAAAUAGGCGACAACCCCGAAUUACCAGAAGGGGAGAAGGAGGAGGAAAUUCCGCAAGAAGUGGCUAACCUUCAGAGGAGUCGCGGGGAUUUGGAGGAUCUCGAGAAAGCUUUUGCGGAUAUUCGUUUGAGUUUGCCUGACCGAGAGGGCGGCGAGGUCAUGAGGUUACCACCGGGGAGAAAGCUUAGCUUUCAUGCGCUGCCCGUAGGGAAGCUGAAAAUCCAGAUCCGGACGCAUCAUACCGACGCGUUAGUAAACGGGGGAGCAGAAAUCACUCUCAUAAGAAGAGAUUUCGCAACGAUCACGGGGUGUACGAUAAACAAGGAAGUAACAGGGAGCAUCCGGGGAGCUGGCGGGGAAAUCCCGUUCGCUAGGAAGCCGGAUCCGGCAAAGACCGACAAGAUAUCACAGUGGCCGACACCACUACGCACGACGACGGAGGUAAGGGCAUUCCUAGACGUAGUCGGCUUUUGGAGGAUCUUCAUUAAAUACUUUGCCAAGAUUGCUGAGCCUAUCCGGGCUAUGAUAAGGGAAGAAGGAACCAUGGAUUGGACGGAGGAGCGAGAAGGAGUUGUCCAAAGGCUCAAGGACAUAUUGACAUCUGAGACAGUCGCCCUGUCCGCGCCUGGUUUUAAUGACGAAGUGGGACGACCCUUCAUCCUAGAGACGGAUGGAGGACCUUUGGUCAUAGGAGGUGUGUUGAUUCAAAAGGAUGAGGGAGGAAAAGAGAGGCCGAUUAGGUUCGAAAGUAGAACCCUGAACUCCGCAGAACGGCGGUACUCGCAAUUCAAGAAGGAAGUCCUAGCCAUCCUGCAUUGCCUUAAGACCUUCCAGGCCUACCUAUUUGGGAGGCGGUUCAUCUUAAGGAUCGAUCCGACGAAUGUCGCAGGGGCUCUAAAGAAUUACAGGCCUAUAGAUCCGACGAUAGGGAGGUGGGUAGGAUUCAUCUGGCAGUUCGAUUACAAGAUCGAACGGAUUGCUGGAAUCCGCGACAAGGCAUAUGGGCUGAGUCGGGUUUGCAUCACUCUCGAAGGGAUGGAGGAUGCAGAACCCAUAGACGUCUUCCUCGAAUACGAAGGAGGAACUCUUGCGGUGGACAACGAGAUGAUGAGCGGAGAAUGCAAAUCGGGAGAACUAUUGAUCCAGACUUUGGAGAAAGGGGCACCUGCCGUAGUAGCAGAACUUAGAGAAGGACCAGUUACCACUCGAGGACGCAGAGAAGAAAAUGACUCAUCGGGAGCGAUAGUAGGACCGAAAAAGGAACUAAUGGCAAUGGCGGUCGAAGGAGGUCGGGAAGCAGUGAUGAGCUUAAGAUAUGAGAAUGACGAGAACAUGUAUAAUAUGGACAAGCUUGCUAAGGAGGAAGUGAAAAGAGGGAGGAGAGAUAAUCAUAAGAGUGAAGGGGAACCAGGCUUAGGAGGCAGUGCCGCACAAAGCGAAGGGGGGCAAAAGGACAGAGAAUCGAUAAAUCCGGAUGGUACCAAAGAAAACCGGAAGGAGAUCUCCACAGGGGAAAGCUCGGGGAAAGCUGRGGGAAGCAGGCAAGGGACUCAGGGGACCAAGGAAGGUAGAAAUAAGGAUAGGACAARCCCCGGGAACUCGGAAGGUGYCGUGUCUAAGAAAGUAAGGGUCACGGAUACGAGGCGCAAACWAGUCGAGAUAGACAAARGGACCGCGGAGUACAAKGCAAGAUUGAUUGAGGAAAUGAUGAUUGAGAAYGAAGAAGGCUCUCUGCAGGAGGAGCCCCGGGACGAACGGAGAACCGGCCGAGGUGGGACUGGACAAGGGGGUAAAGGUAGUGACCGUGGGGGAACGCCGAGCAAAAGAAGGAAAGAGGGGGAGAACUCUCCGGGGAUGAACCAGGAAAAGGCUACGACCCCGCCAGCCAUAGAUAGUAGGGCUAGCCGCCUGCCGACCGCGCCAGUGGUGACGCGAGGGCGCGAAGGACUCUGGAGCCUUAGGGAAAGAGUGUUGGGAUCGUUUGACCCGGAAGGAACUACGAAAACCAGGGAGGGACAAAAGGCCGGCAAGGAAGGUCCAGAUAACAGUGUGACAGGCGUGGCCAGCAGCUCUGAGGGCGGCCUUAAGAAGAUAAUAUCGUCCCUCGCGCGAGCACUAAACAAAAAUCAAGGCUACCUAGCGGAUGCUAAGAAAAAGUUGACGUUUGAUGGGGCGAACAUCACGCAAUUUAUGAUAGAUUACGAGAAUCUGGCUGCGCUGUUGAAAUGGACCGAAGAGGAGAAGAUGGACCACAUGGGACAGCAUGUGUCUUUGAGCCUAGGACGGGACAUAAUGGCCAUCGUGGCCGCAAGCCGGUCUUGGAAAGAAAUCCGGGAUGUGAUGAUGAGAAAGUAUCUGGCAGCAGAGAAGAUGGCAACGGAGGCCGAUUUAGCGGCAGUCCAGAGGAAGAACUUCGCAACGUACAAUGACUUCCUACGGGAGUUUACUUUGGUAGCACUAAGGAUCCCCGGGGCUAGCCCUAGGCUGCUCAAAGGGCUAAGACAACACUUGACCCGGCGGCGAGUAGAAAUAGGCGACAACCCCGAAUUACCAGAAGGGGAGAAGGAGGAGGAAGUUCCGCAAGAAGUGGCUAACCUUCAGAGGAGUCGCGGGGACUUGGAGGAUCUCGAGAAAGYUUUUGCGGAUAUUCGUUUGAGUUUGCCCGACCGAGAGGGCRGCGRGGUCAUGAGGUUACCACCGGGGAGAAAGCUUAGCUUUCAUGCGCUGCCCGUAGGGAAGCUGAAAAUCCAGAUYGGGACGCAUCWUACCGACGCGUUAGUAAACGGGGGAGCAGAAAUCACUCUCAUAAGAAGAGAUUUCGCAACGAUCACGRGGUGUACGGUAAACAAGGAAGUAACAUGGAGCAUCCGGGGAGCUGGCGGGGACAUCCUGUUCGCUAGGUACGUCACGAAGUGUGCUGUGAAGGCAGGGGUCAGGGAAUCAAUCUGGUCGUUUCAGCGGAUGACCGUAAUGGAGGAAAUGGACCACGACAUWAKCCUCGGGAGACCGUGGUGCGAGAACGUAGAGAUGAUAGGCAUGCACUUGCACGAUGGCUCAUACAUGGUAGACAUAGAGGACCCUGUGACCGGCCGGGGAGAGCUCCUCCGACUCCUUGGAACGGGAGGAGACCCCCCGAAGGGGAAAUUGGCAACAUGGUCACCGUCGUUCGAGGAUAGCACGCGGAAAGGGGCUUUCGCACGGAUGGAGGGUAUGAGAGAAAGGGUUGAAAUCAUGAUUGAGAAAACAUUCAAUAAGAAGGAGUGGAUCAAGAAGGGCCUGCCCCAGAAGAAGAGGAGGCAGGAGGACGAAGUCCUAGGUGUUAUGGUAGCGGAAAAAGAGUCAGAGGUUGAACUUGGUGCUAGCCUACCCAAACGGAAAGAAGUACGAAUAGAUGUGCCGGAAAUCGCACUUGAGAUCCCCGAUCUAUUGCACCUCAUCAAGGCCUUCAGAUACCAGAAGGAAGCCGGAUCCGGCAAAGACCGACAAGAUAUCACAGUGGCCGACACCACUACGCACGGCGACGGAGGUAAGGGCAUUCCUAGGCGUAGUCGGUUUUUGGAGGAUCUUAUUAAGAACUUUGCCAAGACUGUUGAGCCUAUCCGGGCUAUGAUAAGGGAAGAAGGAACCAUGGAUUGGACGGAGGAGCGAGAAGGAGCUGUCCAAAGCCUCAAGGACAUAUUGACAUCUGAGACAGUCGCCCUGUCCCCGCCUUGUUUUAAUGACGAAGUGGGACGACCCUUCAUCCUAGAGACGGAUGGAGGACCUUUGGUCAUAGGAGGUGUGUUGAUUCAAAAGGAUGAGGGAGGAAAAGAGAGGCCGAUUAGGUUCGAAAGUAGAACCCUGAACUCCGCAGAACGGCGGUACUCGCAAUUCAAGAAGGAAGUCCUAGCCAUCCUGCAUUGCCUUAAGACCUUCCAGGCCUACCUAUUUGGGAGGCGGUUCAUCUUAAGGAUCGAUCCGACGAAUGUCGCAGGGGCUCUAAAGAAUUACAGGCCUAUAGAUCCGACGGUAGGGAGGUGGGUAGGAUUCAUCUGGCAGUUCGAUUACAAAAUCGAACGGAUUGCUGGAAUCCGCAACAAGGCAUAUGGGCUGAGUCGGGUUUGCAUCACUCCCAAAGGGAUGGAGGAUGCAGAGCCCAUAGACGCUUUCCUCGAAUACGAAGGAGGAACUCUUGCGGUGGACAACGAGAUGAUGAGCGGAGAAUGCACAUCGGGAGAACUAUUGAUCCAGACUUUGGAGAAAGGGGCACCUGCGGUAGUAGCAGAUAUUAGAGAAGGACCAGUUACCACUCGAGGACGCAGAGAAGAAAAUGACUCAUCAGGAGCGAUAGUAGGACCGAAAAAGGAACUAAUGGCAAUGGUGGUCGAAGGAGGCCGGGAAGCAGUGAUGAGCUUAGUGGAAUCUUGAAAAUGGAAAGGGUUGCAAUGGGUGGUAAAUCAGAUGCAAGAAGGAAAGGAUGGGGGCAAGGAAGGAGAGGAGUUUUUCUAUGUCCAAUCCUACGAAGGGCUCUUUCGGGAGAUCGGAUUGUUUUUGGUAGGAAACAAACAACCUACGGAAGU